GCUUUUUGGUAUGGGUUCCUCCAAAUCGAUGAAAGAGAGGGAGAAACAGAGCAGAAGCGAGAAGCCUCGGAUUUGAUCUGUAGAAUUUUUUGUUCUUUUGGGAUGGAUCUUGGCCUGCCUGCAGGGGAAAAUUAUGCAAACCCUAAUAUAUGUUUCUUUCACGUGGUCUUCAAAGCUGCAGCAUUAUCAUUCUAUAUUCUAUCUGCACUCUUUUUCAACAGCUUUGUCAUAAUUUUUGUGGUAACCGCGCUUCUUUCUGCUCUCGACUUUUGGGUGGUAAAGAACGUGAGUGGUCGUAUCUUGGUUGGUUUAAGAUGGUGGAAUGAGAUCAAUGAUGACGGGGAGAGUGUUUGGAAAUUUGAAUGUCUUGACCAAGAGUCAUUGGCUCGAAUGAACAAGAAUGAUUCAUGGCUCUUUUGGUGGACACUUUACAUUACAGCUGGUAUAUGGUCUGUUUUGGGAAUAUUCUCGCUCAUAAGGUUUCAAGCUGAUUACUUAUUAGUUGUUGGAGUUUGCUUGACUUUGAGCGCUGCGAAUAUCAUUGGCUUUACGAAGUGUCGAAAAGAUGCUAAGAAACAACUUCAAGCUUUUGCUGCUCAGACAUUUGCAUCUCAAGUAUCGUCCACAAUACAUACAGCAUUUAGCGUAGUAUAGGAAGUUGCUGAUUCAUGUGAGACUUAUCGGGUUUUCUUUGUGUUUUUUUCUGAAAGAGAUUGAUGGGUUUUAAAGUUUAUUAUGGUUGCCUCAAGUUUUUGUAAGGAUUUUGUAACUCUAAAUAAGAGAAAGCUGCCAAAAUUUUGUUAACAACUCCACAUUCUUUUGCCAAACUUUGGUGGUCCUAUCUAAUUUUAACAUAACUUUUGAUUAUAUUGUCUAUGUGAAGUUUGUAUUUAUUGUUA